AUGGCUCACUCAAACGACAUACAAACCGACGUUCCUGGAACCGUUUACUUGGUUGACGUAUCCCGCACCCUACGAGAUAGUAGCCACGCCGGUCAACAGGAUGUUCUCCUCGUCCCUCAGCCAUCCAAGUCCCCCGCAGAUCCCCUAAACUGGAGAAAACUGAAGAAAUGGUGGUCCCUAUUCCUCAUCUCCUUCUACGCCUGUGUAUUCUCCUUCGGCGAGAACAAUACAGGUGCAAGCUGGACAAUGAUAUCAGCCGACACCGGCGUCACUCUAACCAACAUGAACGGCGCAUCCGCGCUAAACUACCUCCUUCUUGGUUUCUUUAAUAUCAUCUGGAUCCCUUCGGCGAUGAAGUUCGGCCGGAAGAUCAUAUACAUCCUGAGCUUGGUAAUCCUCUGCGGUGGGAGUAUUUGGGGUGCUUUCUACACUGGUACUGCUCAGUACUAUAUCAUGCUUGUCAUUCAGGGCAUUGGUACCGCGGCAUACCAGGCACUCAUCCAGCUUACUAUAUUCGACAUGUUCUUCGCCCACGAGCGCGGUCGAAUGGUCUCGAUUUAUAUCUUCUUCCAGCAACUCGGAUCCAUCCUCGGGCUAAUUCUGGGCGGUUAUAUCGCCGACGGAAUUGGUUGGCGCUGGAGCGGGCCUAUUGUGGCUAUCGCAUGCGGAGUCUUAAUCUUGCUCUUUAUAUUCACAUUCGACGACACCAUGUUCCCACGAUAUCGCUUCAACAACGCCUUACUCGGGCUUUCCGUGCCGAGUGCACCUACUGACGACCAAGGCAAGGCCGAAAAGCACCCAAGGGCUGCCACGCCCGUAUCGACUUCUGAGAGUAACAGUUCUGGCGAAGAGAUCCCUGCGCGAACCUACAGGCAAAAGAUCGCUUUAGUCCAUUACUUCUCAGAUGACCAAACGACCUGGCUUCAAUAUUUCCGGCGUCCGUUCUACCUCUUUGCAUUCCCUAAUAUUGUACUGGCCGGUAUCCAGUUCGCAUUUGGCUGCACUGCAGGCAUUGUCUCGUUCAAUACAAUCUCGGAGAUCAUGACUGUAGCUCCCUAUAACUGGAGUGCCGGGUCUACGGGGUUGAUAUUCCUAGCUGCUCUAGUUGGAAACUUCCUUGGGAUGGGAGUUGGCUUUCUUUCCGACCGGAUUGUAUUGGUUUUGUCCCGUCGGAACAGGGGUUAUAAGGAGCCGGAGAUGCGUAUCUGGGCUUAUAUUUUCCCUUUCAUUUUCGGUGCUGUGGGUUACUUUACCUACGGAUGGGCUGCCACGUCUGGUGAGCAUUGGAUUGCGAUCGCUGUCGCUUUGUGCUGCUUGAUUGCUCAGCAGGUCUCUAUGACCAGUCUGGCAACGACUUAUGCAAUGGAGUGCUUUGACGGGAUCUCCGGUGAACUGGUCGUAGUACUCGCCAUCUGCUCAUCCUUGAUUAAUUUCGCCAUCUCCUUCUCUGUUCAGCCUUUUAUUGACGCGACUAACUUUGGCUGGACAUUUACCUGCUUUGGUAUGCUGGUUGUGCUUUCUAUGUUAAUGGGUUUUCCAAUGAUGGUUUGGGGCAAGUCAUGGCGGCGGAAGUGCAAGGGACGGUAUGAGAAGUUCUUGUCGGAAACUGGGCGUGAUAUCCAUCCAGCCCUUUAA